AUGCAAGAUCAGGGUCGGGAGCUGACGCCCGAGGAAGUGCUGCAGGCCGGCGGCUGCCGCAAGUCCUCGAAAUUCUACCGGAAUGGCGACCAGUGGAACCCGCGCAUCGUUACCAUCGGCGUGCUGCCCUGCGUGGUCUGCCACUGCAGGGACCGCCAGAUAUCGUGCUCGCGCAAGCAGUGUCCGAAGCUCACGUGCGGCCUCACCAAGAAGCAGCCAGGCGAAUGCUGCGACGUGUGCCGGCGAUCGGCCGAGCCAACGGCGAUCGGCGAUCGGCCGGGCAAGGCGCCAUCGGCCAACGGCGAUCGGCCGGGCAAGGCGCGGCGGCGCCACGCGCCGCGCUACCGCCGGACGUAAGCGGCGUCGCGCGGCGCCCCCAC